AUGUGCUCCGUGCAGGGGAUCCCCAGUCCCGGCACCACCAUCAGCCUGAGGGUCACCUUCGUGGACGUUCACCCGGAGGUGCCGAUAGUGCGGCUGUGGGGCCUGCUGGGCGAGCGCCGGGAGGAGUAUGCCCGGCUGCACCAGGACAUCCAGGCUAAGGCCGGGCCGCGCCUGGUCGGCGCUCCGGGAGCCGUCUGGCCGGCGGUGGGGGCCGGGCUGUGCUCGGGGGACCUGUGCCUGGUGGAACUAGGGGACCAUUGGCACCGCUGCCGGGUCGUGAGCCGCCAAGGCCAGCACUGCCGAGUCUUCCUGCUGGACGAGGGUCGCACGGUGGCGGCCGACGCCUACUACUUGGCCCGGGGCAGGGACGAAUUCUUCCACCUGCCCUCCGAGGUGCUGGGCUGCGUGCUGGCCGACCUGGUGCCGCCGGGAGACGGGGCGGCCGUGGCGGGCAGCGGGGAGCAGCCGGCCGCCAGCUGGACGGCGGGCGCCCUGGAGUUCCUGAACUACCUGCAAGCCAAGGAGGUCUCGGGGCUGGUGCGAGAGGUGCUGAUGCCGCAGUGCCUGGUCCUGCUCGAGCUGCCUUGGCUGCUGGCCCAGAUGCACCACCUGGGCCUGGCCAAGCAGGUCACUCCCAGCUGCUUCCGAGCCCUGCUCAAGCGCUGCCUGGCAGCGCCCCGCCUGCACGGCCAGCCCAAGCCGGAGCCCCCCGGCCCUACUUCGGCUCAGCAGUACCCUGUUGCUACCACUCCCCAGCCGGGCCCGGCCGCCCUGGAUUUCUUCUACCCACGGCUGCAGCUGGGGGUGACUCAGCCGGUGCUAGUGACCCAGAUCUCCGACCCGCACCACGUCUAUUGCCAGCUGCAGAGCCUUUCCCAGGAGAUCCAGCGCCUCUCGGACUCCUUGCACCAGAGGUACGAGGCGGCGGCCAGGCGGGAGCAGGAUCCGCUACCCAAGCUGGGCGCCCCUUGCGCCGCACGCGGCAUAGACGGGCGCUGGUACCGCGCGCUGUUGCUGGAGCUCUUCCCCGGGGAGCAGGGUCGGCUGGUGGCCCAGGUGAUCUGCGUGGACUACGGCAGGAAGGAAUUCGUCAUCGGGGCUAACCUCCGCCGCCUGCCCCUGGAGUGUUUCCGCAUGCCGGUAGUGACCUACCCGUGCGCCCUGCAGGGCAUCUCGGACAGGGGCUGCGGCUGGUCCCGCUCCCAGCUCAGCGGGCUCAAGGCGCUGCUGCUGGGCAAGGCGGUGAGCGCCCGCAUCGAAACCUACAGUCCCUUCGAGCACCUCUACUACGUGAACCUGUACGGGGAGAACGGCCUCAACCUGAACUGCCUCUACGGGGUGCAGAGCCGCUGUCUGGCCCACAGCCUGCUGCAGGGCGGCCAGGGAGCGCAGGAGCUGCCGGAAGAGGAGGACGCCGCCCCUCCUAAGGAGCCGGGGCCGCCGCCGGACACACUCCCUGCAACUGCGGCUCAGAAGGACCCGGCCACUGCCCACCUGCCGGGCGUGCGGGUGAAGGUGGGAGUGUUCUACCAUGCCAAGGUGUCCUUCGUCCGAGACCCGUCCGAGUUCUGGCUGCGGCUGAAGGAGCACCUCCUGCCCUUCAGUCAGCUGAUGCGGAGCAUGAGCGACUUCUACUCCCGAGCCCAGAAGCUGGACGGCGUCGUCCUGGAGCCCCAGCCGAGAUCCCUGUGCUGCGCCAAGUGGAAGGAGAACGCCUACUAUCGGGCCGUCAUCACCAGUGUGCUGGGGAAUGGGGUGGAAGUGCACCUGGUGGAUAGAGGCAACAGGGAGAUCUUGGAUUGGUAUGAGGUAAAGGAGCUGCUGCCUCAGUUCAGGGAGCUGCCUGCUGUAGCUCUGAAGUGCUGUUUGGCAGAUGUCUCUCCCCUGGGAGAGACAUGGAGUAAAGAGUCUGUGGCUCACUUUAAAAGGGCAGUGCAGAGCAAAGAGCUGGUGAUCCAGGUGUUGGGUACGCAGGGUGACAAGCAUGUGAUUGAAGUUCUUGACCUGUCUCAAACGGGGGAGAAAAAUAUAAGCAAAAUUUUGUCCCAAGGAGGCUAUGCAAAAUUCCAAGGGUCUGAGAUUCCAGAGACUCUUCAGAAGUUAUCUGCUCAGUCUCUGAGGCAGGAUCUCAAAGAACAUGCUGGCGAGGGGGAGCUAGUAAGUUCAACAGCCAGGAAGAGUGGUGUGCAAACCAAAACAAUAAGAGACAAUAUAGCGCUGAAUCCCUCGGUGCCUUUGACAGUCAAAGACCAGCCUACUGCAGAAAAUUGCCUUUUAUCAAGUGACUCAGCUCCUGAUGAAAAAAAAAUUAAGGGAAACCUAAAUCUGCCCUCCUCUCUUACACAGUACUACUUGGAAAUAAAACCAGGAUCUCCUUAUGAAGGUCAGCUGGAAGUUGGUAGUACAGUUCAGGUGAUGGUAUCCUAUGUUGAAAGUCCUGGUUACUUUUGGUGUCAGUUGAGGAGAAACAACCGAGAACUUAAGUCAUUAAUGGCUGAAAUUCAGGAUUAUUGCAAGACUUCAGCACAGCCACAUUGUUGGGCAAGUCCAGUGUGUUUAGCUAAGUAUUCAGAGGAUGAGAAAUGGUACAGAGCUUUGAUUAUUAGUGGAGAGUGUUCUACAGAACAGGUAGAAGUAAUAUAUGUUGACUAUGGGAACAAGGAGCUGGUUUCUGUAAAGAAUCUCUGCUCAAUUAAUGCAAACUUUCUGAAAUUAAAGGCUCAGGCUUUCAGAUGCAGCCUUUACAAUUUAAUCCAACCAAAUGGUCAGGAUCCUUUUGUUUGGGAUGAAAAAGCAAUCCUAGCUUUUCAGGAGUUUGUUGAUGACACAGCAGAUCAUUUGGAACUGAAGUGUACAAUAUUUGCUCUAGCUGCCAUAAACAAUAAAGAGCUGUUUAAUGUUGUGGACUUAAUUACACCUUUUCAGAGUGUGUGCCAUUUUUUAACCGAGAAAGGGUUGGCCAGACCUGUACCGCCUCAAAAACCUCUGGCAUCCUCCAUUCAGCUACACUCUUACUAUUAUUCUACACAUGACAUCAAAAUUGGAAGCGAAGAAGAGAUUUAUGUAACACAUGUUGACAAUCCAUGGAAAUUUUACUGCCAACUUACCAGAAGUGCAAAUGUCCUAGAACUGCUCACAAAUAACAUUGGUCGACUAAGCAAAGUACUGCACAGUUUAAAAAUGUCACAAAACCCUGGAAACCUAUAUCUUGCAAGGUAUACUGACAAUCACUGGUACAGAGGAGCAGUUUUGAAAACCAAGCCUAAUAAAGAAGUCAUCUUUGUAGACUUUGGGAAUACACAGGUGGUAAAGAAAGAAGACUUGAUUCCUGUACCUAGUGAUGCAUAUGAUAUCUUGCUUUUGCCAAUGCAAGCCAUAAAAUGUUCACUAUCUGAUAUCUCUAAUGUACCGAAAGAAGCUACCACAUGGUUUGAAACCGCUGUCUUGGAUAAGCCUUUAAAGAUGAUAGUGGUAGCAAAAGAAUCUGAUGGAAGGCUGAUAGUUGAACUGUAUGAUGGCAAUAUUCAAAUUAAUGCAAAAAUUAAAGAGGGUUUAAGCUUACCAAGAAAUAGAGAGUCUAACAAUUAUGUAGAAAAUGAAACUCUACAUUCUAAAAACAUAAAUGCUAAAGAAGAGAGGAAUGAAAACAUGAAGUCAUCAGCAACAUACAUGAGAGAGUCUGAGAAUAAAACUUGGAGAUCUGAAAUCCAAGGAGAAGACUGCAAUACCAAAACCAGCUUUGUAUGUAAGGAUGUAAAACACUUCCAACCUGCUGCAAAAAGAGAGUUGUCAACCAAGUUUCUAGGAUCUGUGGAAAGAUUUAACAGUAACAAAGUUUUUCCCUCAGCAAGUACUUCGUUAGGUAAAAAAGUAGAUGAAAAUAAAUCUUUACCCUUUAUAAAGAAAGAGAUAAAGUCUGAUAUUGUUAAACCUGAUACUGUUAAAACUAGAAAUCAAGGAGAAAAUAGUACACUUUUCCCACUUAAAAGCAUAUGUGACUUGCCUCCAAGGAACUUAGUGCCUGGUCUGAAAACUUUAGUAUACAUUUCUCACGUAAAUAACCCUUCAGAUUUUUAUAUUCAAUUAGCAAGUGAUGAGCCUCAACUUAACAAUAUUUCAGAAGGAUUAAACAAUAAAACAGGAACAAAGGGUCUCAGUCAACAACAGAUGCAAGUAGGAGACUUAAUUUGUGCCGUUUUUUCAGAAGACGGCUUGUGGUAUCGAGCUGUAGUAAAAGAGAAACUAUCUGAUGAACAGAUAAGUGUACAAUAUAUAGAUUAUGGCAACACUUCCGUAGUUAAUGUUUGUGAAACAAAUAGACUGCUUGAAAAAUAUUCAUCAAUUCCAAUGAUGAGUAUUCAUUCUUCGCUGGCUGGAGUUCAGUCUAAACAGUUUACAAAUUGGACACAGGAAGCAGUGAGUUAUUUUUCAGAAAGAACAAGUGAAGUUCAAAUAAACUGUGAAUUUGUAGAGAAACUCAAAGACAGAUGGGAAAUUGUUCUCUAUGACGAGCAAGGUAUGAUAGCAGUGGAUUUGAUUAAUGAAACCUUUGGAAUGAGAGAAGAAUCUCAGUCAACAGAAGCACUUGACAGAAGAGAGAGUGGUGCUGAUGUGGCAAAUCAGUGUGAACCUCUGCCUUUUGAAGAGAAAAAUAAAGCUUCUAGUAUAACUGACACUAAAUCAUUCUUCUGGAAGACUCUAGAGGUAGGUCAGACUGUAGAAACCUAUGUCACUGUUGUAAAGGGCCCAGAAUACUUUUGGGGUCAGAUGGCUGACCCAGAUAAUAUAAACUACUUAGAAAAAAAACUACAGGAAACUGGAGAACUUGAAAUAAGCAGUGUGGAUGACUUCAGAUCAAGUAUUAGAAGUGGUGAUAUUUGCAUAGCAAAGUAUAGUGAAGAUGGAAAACUUUACAGAGCAAAAGUUAGCAGCGUAAAAGGUAACAACCUAACUGUCAGACAUGUGGAUUAUGGAUCUGAGGAACUUGUUGGCAGAGAGAUGAUUAGACAAAUUCCUGAUCAAUUGCUUACAAUACCUAUGCAAGCAUUUCCAUGCUGUCUAUCUGGAUUUAAUUCCCCAGAGGGUUCAUGGAGUAAUGAAGCAAAAGACAAGUUCUAUGACAUGACUGCAGAACAUUUACUAGAGGUCACAGUAAUGGAAAUACAAAAGGAUAACUCUUCUGAAAUUCCCUUAUCUAUUGUUAAACUGGAAUGUAACGGAAAAAACAUUAAUGAGGAGAUGAAAUGUUUUUGGCAGUAUAACACUGACACGACUUUGGCAAACGUUCAGAAUGCUUUCAGUGAAAAGAAUGAGGGUCCAGGGACAGAUAAUACAGAUGCUGUUUGCCUUGGAAGAGCUGCGGCUUCUAUUGGAGAUGCCGAGCAAGAAAAUAGUGCUCUGCAGGAUGCUUUACUCUGUGCAGAACCAUUCCACCUGACAGACAAUGGAGGUCUAAAUACUGCAGAAAUUGAAGAAAAGGUGAUUCUCAAAACUGCUAAUGAGCAUCAGACCAAUUUUGAAAUACUUAAUAAAGUAGAGAAUCCUUUAUUGACAAAAGAGAGUGAUAGCGAAACAAGGGUAUAUGUAGAACCAAAAACAUCUGAACCACAGCUUCUUGCCAAUAGUGAAACAAAGGACUUAGACCUUGAGCCAUCUGAAGCACAGUUCUUGGAGGAUGAGGAACUCAAAGCAGAGACGUUAGAAUUAUCACUUGAAGUACAGUCUUUCCUGGGUGAAGAAAGAAAGGAGCGGUUGGAACUUCCAUCAGCUGAGGUGCAGCCUUCCCUGGAUGAGAAUGUGAAGCUGUUGGAAAUGGAGCAGUUACAAAUGCACUCUUCACUUGAUGAACUAAAAAAGCUCUUACUGGAGCUAGAGUCACUCAAAGUGUACCCUUCCUUGGGGGACAAAACAAAAGAAGAUAUUCUGGAACUGGAGUCACUAGAAAUGCAGACUUCCUUGACCGAUGAAACAAAGGAAAAAUUGUCAGAACUGGAAUCACUCCAAGUACAGCUUUUGGAUGAUGAAACGGGGGAGCUAAUGAACCUGAAAUCACUUGAAGUGUCACCUUCAUUUAGUAAUAGAGAGAAUUGGUUGGAAAUGGAGUCAUCACUUGAAAUACAGCCUGUAUGCGGUGAUGAAAGAGGGAAACUAUUCAAACUGAUACCAUGUGAGGUACAGAUUUCCUUGGGUGAAGAAACAAAGGAGAGAGUGGAUUGGGACUUGGACUUGCUUGAAGUUCAUCAAAUGAAAGCUGUACCAACUGAGUUGGAAGUGGAGUCUGCCCUGGUAAAAACUUUACUUAGUAAUGGAGCCAGAAAGGAGCUGGAACCAGAGAUGCACAAACCAGAGAUGCACAAAGUACAGUCUUUGCUUGGUGCUGAAAGAAAAGAGGUAUUGGAACUGGUGCCAUUGGAAGUGCAGGCUUCUCUUGGUGAUGAAACAAGGAAGGACCCGUUAGAGUUGGAACCAUCUAAUUUAGAGCUUUCUGUAGAUAGUGCAGAUCAGCUUUCAUUCCCCAAAACUGACUUAAAAAAGCAAGUGUCUACUUGCCCUGUAGAGCUGUGUGGUGUAGGACAAGCUGAUAGCAGAGGUGAAAAAUGUAAGAAAUGGCUAACUUUGCAAGAGAAGAGUUGUGCAGAACAGAUGAAACCAGACUUGCAUAAAGUGUUCAGAGAGUAUAAAACUAGUCUUGUGAGUGGGGAGUCCUUGAGGCAUAACCCCUCAGAUGAAGAAGAAAUUGAAAUAAGAGAAAAGCAGGAUGCAACUUUAGCUGGUCAUGGUGCAGAACAAAGUGAGCAUGCCUGUAAUCUAGAGGGGUUUGCUGUUGGCUCCAAAUGUAUGGUGUGGACAUGUCUGAAGUGGUGUGAGGCUCGGAUUUUGGAGAUAUCUGAUGAAGGCACCAAGGUUUUGAAUCUCUCUACUGGCAAUGAGGAGAUAGUGAAUCCUGAGAAUGUUUGGAAUGGCAUUCCUGAAGUGACGAAGAGUCCAUAUGAGGCAGCGUUCCAGGUGACAGAUAACUUGCACUCCUUAUCAGUGGAGGGCUCAGAGUUGAAAGAAAAAAGGGCUAGUUGUGGCUCAGAUGUAAUGGUUGACCCAUAUAUGUUGUCCAGCAGUCCUGAAAAUGCCACAGAGUAA